AGCCGAUCCACAGAGAGGGGAAGUAACUGAAAGCAGACAGACAGUGAACACACACAAGCACACACUCUUGGGUACAUUCAUACGCACUCUCACUGCUCGGCACCCACCCACGUCUGGAGUCAGCGGACCACCGGUACUGUACCGGUAAUGGACAAUAAGGCAGAUGUGAAGGCCAUCAUGGCCCGCUUCAAUACCGGAGGCAACUCUAUGGAGGGUGUCCCUGGGGGCCGUCCCAAGGUGCCUGUGCACCCCACUUUUUCUUCAGGACCCCCUCCACAGGCCAAGAAACCAGCCCUGGAAAGCAGUCUCUCAGGAGGUGCAGCCCCUGGUGCCUCAACUCCCAAAUCUAACUUCUUGAAGAGCACUGUCUCCACCAAGAGUGCUCCAGAGGUGCGAGAAUUCCCCAAGCCCAAGCCCCUGGCCAGCAAAUUUGGGAGCCCCCAGGAGGAUGGGAAAUUUCCUGUGAACAAGCCACAGCCCUUAAAGCCUAAGCCCCCAGAACCAUCCCGUGACCCAGAAUCCAAGCCCCCCUUCCCCAAACCUCCUCUGCAGAAACCUUCUCUUAGUGCCACCUUACCAGAUACCAAACCUGCUAUCCCAAAGCCACCCCCUGUUGUGUCGAAGCCUCCCUGGCUAAGAGAGGACACCAAAAGUGAAGAAGGUGGGGGCAGCAUCGGCUCCACCCCACCCAAGAUGCCCACUGCUCCAAAACCCAAGAGCACAAUGGCUGCACUGCGGUCUCAGGCUGAGGAGGGAAGCACAGGGGACUCAACCAUUAAACCAUUCCCCGGGACACCCCUAAAACCCCCAGGUUUUCGGGCAGCACAGAAUGUAUUCAACAAGGAGGGUGGUGAUGCCCAGAGGGAGGAGGGGGUGAAGGAUGGAGUCAAACCCCUGAACUCCCAUGACUCCUCUUUCCCCAAACCCUCAGCCAACCGCAAGCCUAGCUUUUUGAAAAAGGCCGCAGAACAGAAGGAAAAUGAUUCCUCUGCUCCGAAGAGGAACCCUUUGCCCAAUAAACUGGCCUUAGGGAGCGCCCCAGCCAAACCAAACAGACCCCCAGUGGUCAACUUGGAUAAGUUCAAGAAAGGAACAGAAUCCAUGACUGAUGGUCCUGGAUUUAAGAAGGCGAGUCCUCCUCCUCCUCCAAUCUCUCAUUCCAGCAACCCUGUGCCUCCACCCCUGCCGUCUCACCCCUUGGCCCCUAGCCUCCCCCCUCGGCCUACUGGAGCUAUUAUUCAACCAGAUCCAGAUGAAAAUUAUGAUGACGUUGGGUUAAUGAACAACCCACCACCUCUCCCCUGUGGAGGGCAUCCUAGCCAGAGAGCUGAGGAGAGUGGAAGCGAUGAGGAGAUGUACGAGGAUCUCGAUGACAGAUGGUCCACAAUGGAAUCUAAGGAGCAGGAGAAGAAGAGGGAAAAAGAGGAGAAGAAACGCCUGGAACAGGAGAAAAAAGAACAAAAAGAGAGAGAAAAGAAAGAACAGGAGGCCAGGAAGAAGUUCAAACUCUCUGGGCCAAUGCAGGUCAUCCACAAGGUCAAGGCCCGGGUAGAUUGUAGAGGAGGCAAGAUGGACCUGGCUGUGAAGCAGGGCGAGUCCAUUGAGAUCAUCCGCAUUACGGACAACCCAGAGGGGCGCUGGCUGGGCAGGACGAGUGACGGCUCCUAUGGCUAUGUGAAGACUGAGUCAGUGGAGAUUGACUUUGACACUCUUAAGCGUACAAGUGGGUCACUCCCUGGCCAGAAGGAGGAGGAUCCGGAUGUAUAUGAUGACAUAGGCACCCAGGAUGACUUCAGCAGUGGAGUUAAAGGUCCAGGAGUGAUUCUACCCCCGCCACCUGAGGAGGAUGGAGACAUCUAUGAUGAUCUAGAAGAUCCAGAACUUAAUGUCAGCCACAGCCCACCUGAACUCAAGUUCCCCCGCAAACCUCGUGACUUCUUUAGGAUGCUAAAAGGCUUGGACGACUGGAGGAAAAACACAUCCAGCAAUAAUGAAGUACCUCCUCCUCCUCAAUUCACUCCAGAGGGAAACACUGGUAAUGCCUCAUUCAUCCUUCUGUUUUCCCCACAAUGCCUUUCAGUGCAUGCAGUUUCAUUUUGCAAUUCAAAAUUUAGCAAUAACCAGGCAGAGGUACCUUACACAGAGAUACCGUACGUCAUAGACACAUAUCCAAAAGUGUACAAUAUAUAUUCCCAAUAUUCAAGGUUUAAUUUACUGUUGUUAAAUUAUGCCAGCAUACCAUCUAGAAUGCCUACACACUACAAAAUGUGUGCACUUCCUUGCUACUGUUCUUACUCUGUUGUCCCCACAGACAAAACUGCUGAUGCAAUUGAUGAUGAAAUCUACGAUGAUGUGGAAUCCCAGGGCUUCCCUCCUGCUCCUUCCCUCAUCAGUCUAACACAGAUCAAGUCAAAGGCUAAGAUGGAAGAGAAGGAUCCCAAGAAGCAGAAGAAGUUUGAAAAAGAGGAGAAGGAGUUCAGGAAGAAGUUCAAAUUUGAUGGUGAGAUCCAAGUGCUGUAUCAGGUGACCAUCAUUUCCACACUGACCAAUAAGAAGUGGGGGAGUAAAGAUCUACCCCUCAGGCCAGGGGAGACCCUGGACGUCAUUGUGAAGCCUGUGGAAAACAAAAUGAUCUGCCGAAAUGAGGAGGGGAAGUUUGGUUAUGUAUCAACAAGCAACAUUGUGGCAGAGGAUGCUGAUAUUUAUGAUGACAUCGGUGAAGGUUGCAUCUAUGACAACGACUGAGCCGCAUUGGACCCUUUUUGCCAUGGAAUGCAGUUUCAGUUUACUUCAGAUUUUUGUUAAUAAUAGAUAAUGCAGAAUAUAUUUAUUGCUUGGAAAGUGAUGCAGGGAGGGUGAUGGGGUGUUAUAUUAAUGACAGCAAUGACUGUCCACAGACCAGCAGUGGCUUAUUACCAUCAUCCCAUAGGUAAUCAGCUAGUACUAGCAAAACUGAGAGAUUUCUCAGAAGGACUCCACAUACUUUUUAUACAUCAUAUUACCAGCCUUUGAAAUGGACUCCAGUAAGUGUGGAGCAACAGCAGUGUGGAAGGAAUAGUCUGAUAUCACACGCAUUUGAACCUUUAUAAAACAGUGCGCAGCCACCUUCAAGAAGUUUUAAAGCUGGCGAUCAGCAGGAACAUCUCAGAGUGGUUCUGGCUUUCAUUCAUGUUACACUCUGGGUACCAAAAGCACUGCCAGAGAAUGUUUUGUUCCAAGACACUUGCCACCAACCACACCAAACCCAGCUGUCAACUUGCUGUGUCUGUAAUGAACUGAGAAUGAAUGAGAUCCUGUACAGCCAAAAAUACUAUUUUUACUUGCAUUUUGAUUUUGUUGAGUGGUAAAUGCAACCAUAUGUGUGUGUUUUUGUUUUGUUGUUGUUUUGUGUUAUCAAUGCCUGCGUUCAGAACAGUAUGCAGAGUAGUGGAUAGAGCACCAAGACUUUUGGUUUACAUACCAGGCGGGACUCUGCUGUAACAAUUUUGGGCAAGUUCUUUAUGCUCAGUUUCUCAAGCAAAAAAUCCAGUUGUAUAAAAUGGUAAAUGUAUUAAUGUAAGCAUUGUUUAAGUUUAAAUU